CACAGUCGGUGGUUGCGUUGCGUCGGCGGCGCAUUCGACACAUCGAGAGUUAGCUGUCUGUCUGUCUGCUGCUGCUGUGGCGGCUGAUUCUUCGGUGAACAAUAAAAACGCAUUCAUUUAUACGGUACAUAUUAUCACCGACUCGCAAACGAUACACGUUAACAGCAUAGCAGCAGGGGCACGUCAGCAGCUUCGCAAAUCGAAUCUCCAUCUCUCGCGCACAGAGAUCCCUGGCGAUAUAUAUCACUCGCCUACUACUACUACACGCCAUACAUCGAAGCGUAUCCAGCAUGUCGAAGUCGCGGGGCAGCGGCGCGGCAGCGCGCACCACGCAAUACAUGCUGCUGCUGCUUCAUCGCGGCGGCGGCGGCGGUAGCAGUAGCGGCUGCUGCAACACGAGCAGUAGUCCAUCAACAGCUACGGCGAUAGUUAGUCGUCGGUGCGCCACGGCGCCGAGCAGAAGCAUCGUUAAUAACAAAUUCGAUCGUCGCUCGUCAACGUUGUUACCGUCUACGUCCAGUUGUUCGAGCCAACGGCAACAGCAACGAAACAUCAGCAACAAUUCCAGCGACAGCAGUAACAUCGACAGAAGAGGAAGAGUCAACAUGACUGGUGGCACGAGGAUAAUCAUAAGGGACGCGGCGACGCAGUGCGCGCCAGCCCAGAAGGUCCUCACCAUGGACAACGUCUACGACAAUCUCGUGAAGAUGGAGUACGCCGUGAGGGGGCCGCUGCUGAUCAGGGCGCUGGAGAUCGAGAAGGAGCUUCAGAAGGGAGUGAAGAAACCCUUCAAAGAGGUCAUCAAGGCCAAUAUCGGCGACGCCCACGCGAUGGGCCAAAAACCCAUCACGUUUCUGCGACAAGUCCUCGUAUUGGCGCUCAAUCCGCAACUACUCGAAGAUCCUAGCUAUCCCGAGGACGCGAAAGACCGCGCGCGAGCCAUCCUGGGCGGCUGCAAGGGCUGCAGCAUCGGCUCGUACACCGAGUCCGCGGGCAUCGACGUGGUGCGCCGUCACGCGGCCAAGUACAUCGAGGAGCGCGACGGCGGCAUCCCCUCCCACCACCAGAACAUCAUCCUGUCGAACGGCGCCUCGGACGGCAUCAAGGCCUUCCUCAAGCUCUUCAACGGGCGCCUCAACGGCAAGCCCACCGGCGUGAUGAUCCCCAUCCCGCAGUAUCCCCUCUACUCGGCGACCAUCUCCGAGUUCGGCCUGCAGCAGUGCGGCUACUACCUCGACGAGGACAACAAGUGGGGCCUCGACGUGGACGAGCUCGAGCGAGCCUACCAGGCGGCCAAAGCUAAUAGCAAUCCGCGCGUCUUGGUGGUCAUCAAUCCGGGCAAUCCCACCGGUCAGGUGUUGACCCGUGAGAACAUCGAGAACAUCGUGCGAUUCGCCCACAAGAACAAGCUGUUCCUGCUGGCCGACGAGGUCUAUCAGGACAACGUCUACGACAAGGACUCGGCCUUCUACUCGUUCAAGCGAGUGAUGACCGAGAUGGGCGAGCCCUACUGUCACAUGGAGCUGGCCUCGUUCAUGUCCAUCUCCAAGGGUUACAUGGGCGAGUGCGGCCUGCGCGGAGGCUACGCCGAGAUCAUCAACAUGGACCCCAAGGUCAUGGCGAUACUGAUGAAGUCGAUCUCCGCCACUCUGUGCCCGACCGCCGUGGGCCAGGCCGCCAUGGACGUCGUGGUGAAUCCGCCGCGACAGGGCGAGCCCUCGUACGAGACGUUCCUGAGCGAGAAAAAGUCCAUACUGAGCUCGUUGGCCGAGAGAUCGAGACUCGUCGUCGACACGCUCAACUCCAUACCCGGAUACAAAGUGAAUCCAGCCAUGGGCGCGAUGUACGUUUUUCCGCGAGUCGAGAUGCCGGAAAAGGCGAUCAAGGCCGCGAAAGCCGCGGGCCAGACACCGGACACGUUUUACGCGUUCCAGCUGCUCGAGGCCACGGGCAUCUGCGUGAUACCCGGCUCGGGCUUCAGUCAGAAGCCCAACACUUAUCACUUCAGAACGACGAUAUUGCCGCAAAAGGAGAAGCUCAAGUCCAUGCUGAGCAUCCUCAAGGAGUUUCAUCUCAAGUUCCUCAAGGAGUACAGUUAAGCGUAGAAAAAAAAACGAGCCCAUCUUUUGUACAGGAUGUUCGGUGCUAAACUGUAUAUUUGAUUAUUAAUUAUGUAAAAAAAGACGUUCGUACGGAAUCGAUCUAGAAAGUUUUUAUGCUUAAGUUAUAACGAAAGAAUAAUGUUUCGAGGCUAGGAAAGAAAUUGUUAGGAUUUAUUUUCUUACUAUAUAUUAAUUUUCCGCAUCGACGUUACCCCAUCCCCUCCUGUUGUACGACGCUUCAGACAAAAGAAGGAAUUUUGUAAAUAAAGCGAAAGAAGAAAAAAAAAACAAUUAACGAUAACAAUUGCUGUAAUAGAGCAAAGUAAUUAAGAAUGUGUUAAGUAACAGAAUAUGUUCCAUAUACUUUUUUGAGACUUUAAUAUAAACAAUAUGUAUAAUCUAAAAAUGCUUGAAUGUCUAGAUAUAAAUAAAACAAAAAUAAUCCGACAAAAAAGGAUUCAUUUUUAAUAAAAAAAAAGAAAAAAAACAGAA